CUGCCGGGGAGCAAAAGGUGUGGGAUUGGAGUCUGCCGGCGGGUUGGCGGCGGCGCCGAGCCGGAGCGGGGCGGCUGGCAGCAUUUCGGUGAGGGUUUGGACCCGGACCGGAAGUGGCUCGGCGGCGACGGUAUAAAGCAGGCCGGUGCGGGCUGAGCGCUUCCUUUCAGUUAAAGGGCGUGUGGAGGAGCGGUUGGUCAACAUGUCGUGCGGCUCGGCCGAUUACAGUACCAAAGACCAAGGCCCAGAUGGGAUGGACCCAGAUGGCGUUAUCGAGAGUAACUGGAACGAAAUUGUCGAUAAUUUUGAUGACAUGAACCUGAAAGAGACACUCCUUAGAGGAAUCUACGCAUAUGGUUUUGAAAAGCCUUCUGCAAUUCAACAGAGGGCAAUAAUGCCAUGCAUUAAAGGUUUUGAUGUCAUUGCCCAAGCCCAGUCUGGAACUGGCAAGACUGCUACAUUUGCAAUCUCGAUCCUGCAGCAGCUGGAACUGGAUAUGAAAGAAUCACAGGCAUUGGUUCUGGCUCCUACCAGGGAGCUGGCACAGCAGAUCCAGAAGGUUAUCCUGGCUCUAGGGGAUUACAUGGGUGCUACUUGCCAUGCCUGCAUUGGUGGCACCAAUGUUCGAAGUGAGAUGCAGAAGCUGAAUGCUGAAGCUCCCAACAUUGUUGUAGGAACGCCAGGGAGAGUGUUUGACAUGUUGAACAGGGGAUAUAUAUCUUCCAGAUGGAUCAAGAUGUUUGUUUUAGAUGAAGCUGAUGAAAUGUUGAGUCGUGGAUUCAAAGAUCAAAUUUAUGAGAUUUUUCAGAAGCUAAGCACAAACAUUCAGGUUGUUCUGUUAUCUGCUACGAUGCCGAGUGAUGUCUUGGAGGUGACUAAAAAGUUCAUGCGUGAUCCCAUUCGUAUCCUCGUUAAAAAGGAAGAACUCACUCUUGAGGGUAUCAAGCAGUUUUACAUCAACGUAGAAAGAGAGGAGUGGAAGUUGGACACACUGUGUGACUUGUAUGAAACUCUAACAAUAACGCAAGCUGUGAUUUUUCUUAACACAAGGAGGAAGGUCGAUUGGCUGACUGAAAAAAUGCAUGCAAGGGACUUCACUGUCUCUGCAUUGCAUGGAGAUAUGGAUCAGAAAGAACGUGAUGUGAUCAUGAGGGAAUUUCGUUCAGGAUCCAGCCGUGUGCUAAUCACUACUGAUCUACUGGCUCGUGGCAUUGAUGUGCAGCAGGUGUCUCUUGUAAUUAACUAUGACUUGCCUACAAAUCGGGAGAAUUAUAUUCACAGAAUUGGCCGUGGUGGUCGCUUUGGAAGGAAGGGUGUUGCUAUUAACUUUGUUACUGAGGAAGAUAAACGAAUUCUUCGUGAUAUUGAGACAUUCUACAAUACAACUGUGGAAGAGAUGCCCAUGAAUGUGGCUGACCUGAUCUAAUGAUGGCAUGAGAAUUUGCAUUUGCAGCUGCUGAAUUAUCAGGCUACAUGGUGCGUUGUGCUGCUUCACCAGAGUUGUUGAAUUUCUUCUCCCAUGUGCAAACAGGAUCAGAAAUCCAGCAGUGAUAAGUGACUUGAGGAAGGCCUUUGGUUGUAAUCCUCUUACGGUGUUGACUGCUGGGGUGGGAAGUUUAAGUCAUGGGGUGUUUAAAUGUAUAUGCCCUUCAGUGUUUUGAAAGUUCUGUAGUAGCAUUUCUGUUUGAUAUUCUUUAUCACUUAAUAGUUUACUUAUGGACUAAAAAAUUUAAGUGCUGUGUUAAAUCAGCCAAUUAUGUCAAACUGGCAUAUCUACAACUAUUUUAAAAUGAAGCUUGCCAAUCAACUGGUAAUGUAUGUGCACUUUUUUCUAGAGUAAUCUACUACAUGUAUUUGUAUUAAUAAAACAUUUGAGUUAUGCAAAGAUCUGCACAGUUUUGGCUUCCCAGUAGAUGUUUGCCCAGGAUAUGUGUGCAAAUAAGAUUUGGAACUAGUUUGGAGAGAAGCUGGAUGUUGUAACUGCAUUCCUGCAUUGCAUCUUUAUUUUUGUAACUUUGUAGUUUUGUUUAUUGUAUAUGGGCUGUUCUAAUUUAUGUAUUCUAUCGCUGUCCAUCUUCUGAAUAUUUAUGUUUACUCUGAAAGACAACCGACUAGGAGAUUGUACAGACUGCUCAAUAGUAAAAUACAGAUCUUUCAACUUUUAAACCAUGUCAUUAAUACUUCUGGAGAGUCAAUGUAUAGGAAAUAUUAGCUGUAGAUUUGUAAUGGUGCAUAUUUGCACAAUUUUUGUGGUAUAAAAUUUAGCAAAACUAAGCUGAUUAAAUAUAUUACAGGGUCAUUCCUGCUAUGCUUUUUAAUAAGUGACACUAAUACUUGAGGUUUACAUUCAAUUAUCCCACUAAUUGUGGUUGCCAUUUAGACAAGCUAUGCAUGCACCAUGGCUCAAUAUGCAAUUAGAAUUUGAAGUAUUCCAUAUGCGUCUAACAUUUGAAUAUAUAACCUUGGGUCUCUUGGAACAGGAAUGUUUGGGUGCUGUAAUUGAUUCUGCUGAAUUGCAUUUUGAAUUCAAGUUGUUGGCAUGUAAAGCUAUUAAAGUUGAUUUGAGCAUGCAUUGUUGACCUCUUUGUUAGGAGGAACAAAAAAAGUUGCAUGGCUGUUUUGAUAUUUAACAAGCUCAUUGCCAGGAGGGUCAUCUGGUUGUGUAAACAUGAAGUUUGUGGAAGAUUGUGUAGGGAUUAUACAAAGCUUAUUGUAACUGCAGUUUUUGCCUUUAAUUUUUGAAUAGGAUAUGACAACUGCUAAAUUGAUCAUUAACAUCUCACCAAAACCCUUUUGGAUAAAUGUUUUUCUUACCAAAGAAAACUAAUAUUCAGCCAAAAUUUUAGGUUAGGCAGGUGUGUGGUUGGUCACUGUAUGAAGGUGAAAAAAAUUCUAGUCCAGGUUUUAAAUGUGGUUCUUUCCUCGGAGUGGUGGAUUAAGGUUUUGUUGCCUCAAUUGAUAAAGAUGAGGGUUAUUUAGCUGCAGGCUUAAACUUUUAGUGAAUGGGGUUGGCCAUAUCAUGUACGUGAUGCAUGAAGUUUUUUCCCAUUAAUGAAAAUAGUGCACUAUUUUGUAACUAAUUCUAGAUGAACCCAAAUGUUAAAUUCAAGGGGCCCUUGAAGCAGUGAGCUUAAGCCUACAGCCACCCACCAUUCAGUGGUUUAGGAGAGAGAGAGAGAAUUUAGAUGUUGAUCAGAUUUAUAGAAUGCUAGUACUUGCGGAUUGCAUUUAUCAAUCCACACAAUUAUGCAUUGAUAAGUUACAAUAUAUUUGUUUUCUGAUUUUUUCCAUGAACCAGCACAACUCCAUAUCCCUUGUUUUAAUAGUUUAAAUUUUCUGCUUCACUAAGUGAUGUAAACUCCUUUAAUGAUCUGCUCCUUAGAAUCCAGCUGAAAGUAAUGAAAUGUGGGUCUUUACCUUGAGGGGUGAUAAAUUGACUUUAGUACAAAAUUUGUUUCCACACUGCUCUGAGCUAAAAGGAUGCCAAUUACAUUUAUUCAGAAUUGUUUUUCCUGCACUUGUUAGCAAAUUAUUAAAGUUAUCUGAAAUAUGA